AUGAGUGCACAAACGAAAAUGAUUAUUAUUACGUCUGAUGAAGACUUAAUUCGUCAAAUCGCAUUACAUAAAAAAGCAAGUACACAUAUCAUGGAAUUAGAUCAUCCAAAUGAAAUUUCAUCGACAAAUUCAAAUACAACUGAUAUGAUGGAUUUAACUUUUCUUGCGGAAUUUUCUACAAUUCAUCCAAAAAGUGAUGGAGUAUAUAAAAGAGCACUUAAUUCUUCUCGUCAAACUCGAUUAAAACAAACGAAAUCUGCAAAGAAAUCAGUAGACUUAGUUUGUGCUAUUUGUUGCGAUCGUGCUGUUGGAUUUAAUUAUAAUGUUCUGUCUUGUGCAUCAUGUAAAGCAUUUUUUCAUCGCAAUGCUCAUCAACCUCGAGAAAAAUUUCGAUGUAUUUCAACUCAAGGGCGAUGUUCAGUGGCUCAUGGCGUUCAGCGAAGAUGUACUCGAUGUCGCUUAGAUCGUUGUUUUGCAGUUGGAAUGAGAAAAGAUUUUAUUUGGAGUGAAGAAGAAAAACAACGACGUAAAAAAAAUCUUGAAGAAAAUCGAAAUAUUACACUACAACAAUCUUCAACACCGACAGUUGCAUCUACCACUAACGAACCAGUUGAUGAUUUUGAUUGUUUAUUAUUAGAAUUAGAUCAAACAAAAAGUGAAGAUUCACUUGGAAUGGAUAAUACUCUCUUUGGAACAUUAUCGAUUGAAGAUUGGCUUACAAUUGAAAAUGUUCGAUCAUCAUUUUUAUCAACAUUUCAAAAUCUAAAUCGAAGUUUAUUUACUAUCGAUACAUCUGAUCAAAAUUCAGCUCUUAUUUCAUGGUCACACAAUACCAAUCAACUUGCUUUAACAUUCAUUAAUUUCUUUCGUCAAAUUGAUGAAUUUGAAAAUCUCAAUGAUAAUAAUGAUCGACUUUUAUUAAUCAAAUUUAAUCUUUUAACUAUUUCUGGAAUAUUUAAAUGUUACAUUAUUAGAACACAAAGUAUUCACUCUACAUUAGCGGUGGGAGAAGAAAUACAUCGUCGAUUUAAUAAAUUAUGGGGCGAUUCAAGUAAUACUCUAACUAGUUUCGCUGAAGCAAUACUUGCACUUAUAGAACUAGUUGAACAAGAUCCAUCAAUCUUAUCACUUUUUCUUAUAAUUCUUCUUUUUACUGAUCGAUUAUCUAUGAAUGAAGAACAACCAUCAUUGAACGAUUCAUUAGCUGUUAGUCGAGUUCAAAGUCAUUAUAUAAGAAUUCUUUGGAAUUAUAUAAUUAAUAAAAAAGGUGAAAAUCAUGUUUAUAAAUACUUUAAUCAAUUAUUAACUGUUAUCUUUCGAAUUCAAAAAAUCUCGUGUAAAGCUCGAAAUAUUUUUCGUACGAGACUUAUUACAUCAAAUAUUGUGGAUCAAAUUGCACCACUUAUGCAAACAGUUUUAAAUAUUUAG